AUGUCUGAGAACGUUAAUGAACUUGCCACUGUGUAUGCCGCCCUCAUCCUUGCCGAUGAUGGUGUGGAGAUUACUGCUGAUAAGCUGCAAGCCUUGACUAAGGCAGCUGGCAUUGAAGUAGAACCUGUCUGGGCUGGGUUGUUUGCUAAGGCCCUCGAAGGCAAGAAUGUGGCCGACUUGUUGUUUAAUAUCGGAUCUGCGAGUGCGGCUCCCACUUCGGCUGCUGCGGGCGGAGGUCUCUUCGAUUAA